GGAGGGGCGAUGGCGGCCGCGGCCAUGGCGGCCACGGCGGCCGAGCGAGCCGUGCUGGAGCAGGAGUUCCGCUGGCUGCUGCGGGCCGAGGUGCACGCCGUGCUGCGCCAGCUGCAGGACAUCCUGCAGGAGGCCUCGCACCGGUUCACUCUGCCCGGGGCCGGCGCGGAAGGACCGGUCAAGCAGGAGAACUUCAUCUUGGGCAGCUGCUCCACUGACCAAGUGAAAGGAGUUCUCACUCUGCAAGGGGACGCUCUGAGCCAGGCGGAUGUGAAUCUGAAGAUGCCUAGGAGCAAUCAGCUGCAGCACUUUGCGUUCCGAGAAGACAAGCAGUGGAAGUUGCAGCAGAUCCAGGAUGCCAGAAACCAUGUGAGCCAAGCCAUUUACCUCUUGGCCAACCGGGAUCACUGCUACCAGUUCAGAACCGGAGCUGAGGUCCUCAAGCUGAUGGAUGCGGUGAUGCUGCAGCUCACCAGAGCCCGCAAUCGGCUUACCACCCCGGCCACCCUGACCCUUCCGGAGAUAGCCUCCAGUGGCCUGACGAGGAUGUUUGCGCCAGCCCUGCCUGCAGACCUGUUGGUGAACUUCUACAUCAACCUCAACAAGCUGUGUCUGACCGUCUAUCAGCUCCACGCCCUGCAGCCCAACUCCACCAAGAACUUCCGCCCCGCAGGAGGGGCCGUGCUGCACAACCCUGGGGCCAUGUUCGAGUGGGGUGGGCAGCGGCUGGAGGUGAGCCACGUGCACAAGGCGGAGUGUGUGGUGCCCUGGCUCAACGAUGCCCUCGUCUUCUUCACCGUCUCCCUGCAGCUGUGCCAGCAGCUCAAGGACAAGAUCUCUGUCUUCUCCAGCUACUGGAGCUACCGGCCCUUCUGACCCUUCAAGCCUCUGAUCCCACUGACCCCUCCGAGCCGUCCGAAGAAGCACCCCCACCCCCCCCUGCACCACUGGCUCACAGACCAGCCCUGCCCACCCCUGGGGGCAGUGAGUUUGUGUGUUGGGGGGAGGUGGGUUGGGGGGCAGUGGAGCAGGGCAGAGGCCAGGUACAAUUAUUUAUUUCUCCCUAUUCUCGAGGCAUGUGGCGGGGAUGGGGGACAGCGGGGAAGCAGGUCUGCACCCGUGCCGGCUCCCGAUGCCAGGGGUGGGAGACCCCAGCUGGGGCUGGCGGGCUCAGCCAGUGGUCGGCAUUGAGGCUCCCUGGGAAGGGCCCUGACCCCAGUCUCCACUCUCUGGGAUCUCCCAGGCCGCAUAGGCUGCCUGUCCCCAGCUCGGGACUGCGGAUGUCAAAAGUCGGGGGCCCCUUUUGUGCCCCCCUCCCCCCAAUUCCCCAGGUGUGCAUAUGCACUGUCUUUGGUAGACACUCUAAGGAGGAAGGAUUGGGACUCAUAUCUCUACUUCCUCUUCCUCCUCCUCCCGUCCUCUGCCCAAGGUGCGGUGGGCCCAGCCCUGGGGCCGAGACUCCCCAGCUGGGGUGGGCCGGGCCCUGGGGCCAGCGGGCAGGUAAAGCAGCUGGGCGGUGGGGCUGGAGGAUGGGCCCGGGGAGACCUGAGCAAGCCUUCUCUUACCCAGUCAA